CGCCGCAGCUCCUGCGUCCUGCGCUAUCGGCCGAGUUCGUACCUUUUGGCACCGAAGCGCAGCAGAACAGCGAUCCAGCAGCGAUGGCGUGGGAUAAAGGAAUUGAACCUAAUGGCACCGAGGGCAACAACUUCUACAUCCCCAUGUCCAACCGGACGGGCUUGGUCAGAAGCCCUUAUGAGUAUGACCAGUAUUACAUGGCGGAUCCCAUCUGGUUCAAGCUCUUAGCUCUCUACAUGUUCUUCCUCAUCUGCACCGGGACCCCCCUCAACGGCCUGACGCUGCUGGUGACCGUUCAGCACAAGAGGCUCCGACAGCCCCUCAACUACAUCCUGGUCAACCUGGCUGUGGCCGGACUCAUCAUGUGCUUCUUUGGGUUCACCAUCACCAUCACGUCCGCUGUCAAUGGCUACUUCAUCCUGGGAGCCACAGCCUGCACCUUCGAGGGAUUCUUGGCCACACUCGGGGGUCAGGUGUCUCUCUGGUCUCUGGUGGUCCUGGCCAUCGAGCGAUACAUUGUGGUCUGCAAACCCAUGGGAAGCUUCAAGUUCAGCGGGACUCACGCAGGAGCUGGAGUGUUUUUCACCUGGAUCAUGGCUCUGUCCUGUUCCGCGCCACCACUUUUCGGCUGGUCCAGGUACAUCCCGGAGGGGUUGCAGUGCUCCUGUGGACCCGACUACUACACCUUGGCCCCGGGCUACAACAACGAAUCAUACGUCAUGUACAUGUUUGCUGUGCACUUCUUCACUCCCGUCUUCAUCAUCUUCUUCACAUACGGGAGCCUGGUGCUCACAGUCAAAGCUGCGGCCGCCCAGCAGCAGGAGUCGGAGUCCACCCAGAAGGCCCAGAGGGAGGUGACCCGCAUGUGCUUCCUGAUGGUGCUGGGCUUCCUCACGGCCUGGACGCCGUACGCCACCUUCAGCGCCUGGAUCUUCAUGAACAAGGGCGCUGCCUUCUCCCCGCUGACCGCCGCCAUCCCUGCCUUCUUCGCGAAGAGCUCCGCGCUCUACAACCCCAUCAUUUACGUGCUGCUGAACAAACAGUUCCGUAACUGCAUGCUGAGCACCGUGGGCAUGGGAGGCAUGGUGGAGGACGAGAGUUCUGUUUCUGCCAGCAAAACUGAAGUGUCCUCCGUCUCUUAAAUACACACAUGUGGACAUUUUCCUUCCCGGCGUGUCAAGGGUUCGAGCGUAGACGGAAUGAAGUCCAGCGAUGCGUGGACUGAGCAGUGGCAAAAGGCCUCAGGAACAAACUCAUCACCCGCUUUUUUUUUUUCUCCCCCUUUAUUUGAAGGAAGUGUUCAUCACUUGGAUGUGAGCGUUAAAUUCUUGCAGACACGUCUGACCACACAGGUACAGUAUGUGAAACAUCAGAGUCAUCUCUGCACGUAGCACCAUCAAACAACGCGUCAAUGCGACAGUCGAUCCCUGUUUUUUUACAUUAUGAAUGUGCCACUUGCUGGAGUUGGUCAUGGUCAAGUUUAAACGCUGUAUAUAUAAGAUUUAGAUGAAUAAAUGCAGGCAUGGAA